AUGCUGCUGGUCCUGCUCACCGCAGCCCUGCUGGCCCUGAGCUCCGCUCAGAGAUAUGGUCAAGGUCGUCCAGUGAAGAGAGCCAGGAACACGGUCCUCACCAGAGACCCCCGCAACACGGACCCCCGCAACAUGGACCCCCACAACACGGACCCCCGCAACACGGACCCCCUCAACACGAGACCCCCGCAACAUGGACCCCAACAAGGACCGCAACAAGGACCCCAACAACAGAGACCCCCACAACAGGGAGGCCCCCAGCAGGGACCCCAACAACAGGGACCCCAACAACAGAGACCCCCCCAGCAGGGACCCCCACAGCAGGGAGGCCCCCAGCAGGGACCCCCACAGCAAGGAGGCCCCCAGCAGGGACCCCCCCAGCAGGGACCCCCACAGCAGGGACCCCCACAGCAGGGACCCCCCCAGCAGGGACCCCCACAGCAGGGACCCCCACAGCAGGGAGGCCCCCAGCAGGGACCCCCACAGCAAGGAGGCCCCCAGCAGGGACCCCCCCAGCAGGGACCCCCACAGCAGGGACCCCCACAGCAGGGACCCCCCCAGCAGGGACCCCCACAGCAGGGACCCCCACAGCAGGGACCCCCACAGCAGGGACCCCCCCAGCAGGGACCCCCACAGCAAGGAGGCCCCCAGCAGGGACCCCCACAGCAAGGAGGCCCCCAGCAGGGACCCCCACAGCAGUGA